GUUGUUACAUAGGAAACAGCUGAAGAGUCUCCACAUGACAGAGGGGGAAGGAGGAAGUGGGGUGACCCGCGGGGCGCCGCUGCCGCUCCGGUAGCUGCGGGGUUCGGGCAGCGCAGCAGACGGGGAUAGCCCUUCCCGCGACGUGCGGGCUGGCCGCCCUCGGGGGCGGGUUUGCAACCCGGUGCCGCCGCUGAGAGGAGGCGGGCGAGCGGGUAGAGAGCGGGAGAGCGCUUCCCCGGGCCGCGGCGUCUCACCGGGGAAGUUCGGCGCGGGGCGGGAUCCUGCCUCUUUCCCUUCGGCUUCCCGCCGCAGCGGCGGUGGCGCCAGGCAUGAACGGCUUCCCCCCCGAGGAGGUGACCCAGCGCGGGGCGGACCCUGCCGCAGCCGCCGCCGCGGUGGUGGGCAGUGCGGGUUCCGCCGUUGAGGUGCCGCCGCCGCCAGCGCCGCCGGGGCUGGGUCCGGCCGUAGCAGCCGCCGCAGGCUUGGUGGGCGCCGGGGGUGCGGGCGGCCCCGGGGCAGGGCAGCUGUGCUGCCUGCGGGAGGAGGGGGAGCGGUGCGGCCGCGCCGCCGGCAACGCCAGCUUCAGCAAGCGGAUCCAGAAGAGCAUCUCGCAGAAGAAGGUGAAGAUCGAGCUGGACAAGAGCGCAAGACAUCUGUAUAUUUGUGACUUCCACAAAAACUUAAUUCAGAGUGUGAGAAAUAGAAGAAAGAGGAAAGGCAGCGAUGAUGAUGGUGACUCACCCGUGCAAGACAUCGACACUCCAGAGGUUGAUUUAUAUCAGUUACAAGUAAACACACUUCGAAGGUAUAAAAGACACUUCAAGCUACAGACCAGACCAGGACUUAACAAAGCACAGCUUGUUGAAAUAAUUGGCUGCCACUUUAGGACAAUUCCAGUGAAUGAAAAGGACACCUUAACAUAUUUCAUCUACUCGGUGAAGAAUGAAAAGAACAAGCCAGAUCUAAAGAUGGAUAGUGGGGUUCAUUAGACGGAAAAGGUUGGGACUGAGACUCAGGCUGCAAAUCAAAAGACUGAGGUUUUGUUGAUACGCAGAAGCUUUCUUUGUAACUUUUUCUCCCCAGAGACUUUGUCUCUGUUUUAUUUUUCAUAACCUUGCUGAUUUGUUUGAAAACCAUCACUUAUGAAACAAAUUUCCUCAGCAAAAGUAUUUUAAAUAAAUAUCACUGAUACUGUUGCUUGAGUGGGUGUGUCUGUAACUUACUGAGUUACUUGUACCUAAUAGUUAAGCUUUGACUAACUAUGUAAUAAUAUUAAAAUAUUUUUCAAUUAAA